UUUAUCAUGGGAAUUUUUUGUUCCCGAAUUUUUUGUAAUUUUUUUCUAGUUUAAAACCUUAUUUCAUCUCGAAUUCGUAUCUGACAACUUCUUCAAGUGCCCUUCAACACUGGAAACAUGCUAAAAUUCACGAAAAUUUGAAGAAAAACCUGAAAAAGUGAAAAACAAAAAAAUUUUAAGGUGAAGCAAAGCAGUAGCAGCAACAACCAUGGACAAGUUUAGUGCAAUGAAACGCGAACCGUGUCACAAAUGCGACAAACCCGUGUUCCUCGCUGAACGAUUUUGUGUCGGCGCGGCAUUAUAUCAUCGGCAGUGCUUGAAGUGCGCUCGUUGCGGGACCCAACUGAAAGCCGGAAGUUUCUACGAAACCGAAAUUGAUGGAGAAUUUUGCUGCGAAACGUGCCCGGAUGAGGAACAAGUGAUGCAACGACGUCACGACGAAGCCGAGGAAGAUCCGGAAAAGAGAUUUUCCGUUGCGGAUAAAGUUGCUCUCUUCCAACGUGUUGAUCUGGAAUUGACAAAGAAGAGUUUGAGUGACGAGGAAAAGCGGGCAAGUUUGCAACGACUUGCCAAUUUGACGCUUGUGACGCAUCCGGAUGACGAAAAUGUCGAAAACGAUGAAGAAAGUGAUGAAGACGAGGAAGAAAGUGACGAAAGUGAAAAUGACGAAGCAUGUGAUAAUACCGAAAAUAAUGAAAAAGCUCAAAAUUCCGUUUGUGAUACCGCAAAAAUUGAAGAAACCAUCGUCGAGGAGACCAUUGAAAGUCUCGUGCGGGAAGAAGUGCAAAAAUUGGUUACCAGUGUGCUGCAAGAAGCUGUCGAAAAAGUGCAAUUAAUACAAAAUUCAAGCGAAAUCUAUGAAAAUGAGGUCGUUAAAACCAAUCAGACUGACAAACAUGACGAAGUGCCUUUGGAUUCCAGCCCAAAACCUGUGCCGCGUAUUCGAACUUUGGAACGCAAGAAGGAGGAAAAGCCAGAAAUUGCGGAAAAACCAUCGAAACCGGCAAGACCUCCGCCUCCGGUGAUCGUGAAGCCGCCAAUUAAGCCAAGGCCUGUGACGGCAAGUGUUAAAAAGGAUUAUCCGGAUGACCUGAAUCCGUUUGGAAGUGAUGAUGAUGAAGAAAUUGAAAUUGUGGAGAAGCCCCAGAAGCCUGGGAAUCCCUUUGGCAGCGACACGGAAGGCGAUGAAGAGGAAGUUGUUGAAGUGCGGAAGAAAAAGCCGAGUACAAAUCCUUUCGGAUCAGAAGAUGACGAAGAAGACGAUUCAUUUUCACGUGACGCCUCCCGCUCAUCAGACCGUUCCGCGAAACGAACUCCCGUUCCAACGCCUCGAAAAAUCCUUCAAACGCCGCCCAGUCGUCACACGUUAUCCGUUCACAAUGUCUCACAGCAUUCAAAAACGUUCGGAAACAACUCCGAAAUUUACGGAUCCAGCAGCUCUUUGGCUUACAGCGAUGGAAUGUCAACGACUCAACGUCGCAAAAAGGCAAAAGCUCCUCCGCCGCCCUCAGUUUUGGGCAUUUUCACGCCAGAAACGUCAAAUCGUAGCUCAAGAAAUCUCGAUUACGAAUCGGAGGAAUCGACAUCGUCGCGCGGCGGCUUAAGUUCAACCGGAAAUACGCCAAACAAGAGUUUCGGCAAGAAAAAACGUAAGGCACCAGCUCCUCCGCCAGUUGUAAAAAUUGAAAACACGCCAUCGGAGGACGUUUCAAUAGUCACAAACGGCGAUUCGGGCAUCGAUGAGUCGAUUGUGACGACGCAAAAGCGGAUUCCAUUAAGCGCGGAGCUGUUUGACGAUGAAAAAGAGACAAUUUCCAUGGAAAAUUCAGAUUUGUCGUUGCAAAACGACACAUAUCGCCGAAAAAUCGUCCCUCUUGAGACGUCAACGGAAAAUGUCGUUGGUCGAUCCAACGUUUUUGACGAUGAUGAAAAGGUAGAAGAGCCAAAAGACGCAAUUCCAGCUGUAAAUCCGAGUAUUGACGAACCCCCAAUCUGCUUAAACAAGUCGGACAAGGGAAAAUGGAAGCGUCGCAAGGGUCCCGCCCCCUCAAUUCCCGUCGAAGUGCGAAAAUCCAUCAAAGCCAUGUCGCCAGACGACAUAAAACGCGAACUGGAAGUCAUCGAGGUGCAACAAAUCGGUCUCGAAAAGCAAGGAGUCAUGCUGGAAAAAAUCAUCCGCGAAAAAUGCGAAGGUGCCGAUGCCGAAAAAUCGCAGAAAAACUCCAAAGUCGUCGAAGAUCUCAUCAUGCAACUGUUCGACGUGGUAAAUGAAAAGAACGAAAUUUUCCGCAAGCAACAAGAACUCAUGUACUGGCGCAAGCAAUAUCGCCUGGAGACGGAACAGCAAGAACUUGACCAGGAAAUCCGUAAAUUGAUGGCGCAACCGGAGGAAAAUAAAACAGAUGGCGAAAAAGCAAGAGAAGAAGCGCUCAUUGCACGCCUAAUUGAGGUCGUGAAGCAACGAAAUGCCGUCGUGGAAAGUCUCGAGACAGAUCGCGUGCGUGAAAUGCACGAAGAUGCCUCGAUUCGACGCUCGAUCGAAAAACAUGCCGCCAAAUUUGAACAAUUUGCACAAAAAACGCAGAAUAAAUUGCUGAGGAAAAAGGAGAAAAAGGAAAAGAAGGAAGGAAGUGACGGGAAACAGAAGAAGAAGAAAAAUGUUUUUAAUCGCUUGAUUCAUUCGAAGCACAAAACAACAAAGGAAACGGAAAUCGCACGAAACUAACGCAAGAGCCAUCAAUUUUAUGGCCAUAAAAUACAUAUUUAUUGAUAAUCAACACACAAAAAAUUCACACAAAUUAAAUUAUUUUAUUGUGAUGCGAAAAAAUCGCAGGAUAAACAAAAAAAAAAACAAAAAGUGUACUUGCAAUAUUUUGUUAUAUUUAAAUUUAAAAUUUAUUUAAUGUUUAGAAUUUAUAUUUUUUUGUAUAAGAUUUUUUUUUGUUAAAGUUUAUCUCAAAUAAGAGCUUAAAUCUGUUAAAAAAAUUAUUUUUAGAAUUUAAGGCAUGAAGGCAAAUGAAAUAAAUAUAUAUUGAAGUAU